AUGGCCCUCCACCGUGGCAUCCAAUCCGCCAUAUUCUACUACCUAUCAUGUGCCCCCUGUACCGGCUACUCAUACCGCAAGAAGAGAAGAAAGGAGGCCGACCGUGAUCGCAUUGCCAAACAUGCUCUUGAGAUGGAACAACCAGGCCUCUAUCGCCAUCCUAGCCCCUUUGCGACAAACGUUCACUGGCAGACCGAGAUCGACCUUGGUCCCAGUCCCGCACCUGGAAAGCGUCGAGGUCAGAAGAAGGGUCGCGUACGGACAAGUGACGAGAACGCUAGCAACGUCGCAAGCAGUGUCAAUCUCGGCCUGACGCAGAACGAGAGCAACGACAGCACAUGGAAUCUGCGCAAUUGGCAACGGGACGAUGACGAUGAUGACAACUACUGGGGCUCCAACUAUCCCUAUAGAAACAGCCGUCGACCCUCGACCAAUGGUGCCAGCACCGUCAGCCGUCCCCUUACUGCUCGCACAGCCACUACGAAUCGAUCAGCUGCGACCAGUUAUUAUUCCGCUUCGAACCCUCCCAUCAACGAACUACAUCCCCCAAUCGUCACACGUAUGGACACCAGCGCCGAUGUCAUGUGGAUGCUGCAACCUCCGCCUCCUGCUCGUACCGCUCGAGGUGGGUCAAGGACUACCCUUGCGAGGGNNAGCGAUAGCGGCGCUAGCAGACCCAGCACAAGGCGAGCCACAAAUGAGAAUCUCUCGCGACAAGUCAGCCAGCGCAUCGUCGACGAGAAGCUACGGAACGGUCAAUCACCUUCUGUGGACAGCCUGAAUCCAACAUCAUCAACAGACGACUUGAAGACGUCAAGGCGACGCAGGCCGCCGCCGCCUAUCAAUAUACAAGAAGAUUCGUCUAAUCCUCGCGCUCUCAUACCUGUUGGACCUCCUGUGACAGACUCACGACCUAAGAAUUCACCAAACAACCAUCUUCUCCCUCCGCAUCCUCUAUCUCCCGUACUGUCAGCCAAGUCCUCUGAGCGUUCUCGCAGUCGAAGUCGUAAGCGCAAUUCUUCGGCCGAGGACCGCAAACCCCGCNCGAAUGACAUGAAGCGUCAGGAUAGCUCCCUCAACGUUCUGCAAGAACUUGUGCCGGCCAAUUCACUGCUUAAUGCUCAGAAACUAACCAAGGCUCCUUCCUUCGAGGCUCGCAUUGAACUCCCUACAGCCGAUCAAUAUGAAGAGAUGAUGCUGCUAGGCAGUGGCAAGGCAGGCUUCGAUGACUGGUACGAGAACAAGGACUUUGGUACUUUCAAUCAGUGGGCUGCCGAGAGAGUGCGCCGAGAUGUGACUGCCCGCUGGAGCGUGGACUUCUAA